AGCAAUUGGCUAUUCUUUUCAUAGACCUACCUUCAGUUGGAUUUCACACACACGCAUACGCAGACAUACUUUUUCUUCGCUCCUCCGUUUCUUCAUAUCUUUAGCAGAGUAAAUCGUUGUUCAGCUGUAAUAAUAGCUCAGAGUAUUAUGUCUCAAUUAACAGCAGCAAUAAUUACCUCGGCAACAGGAACCAUUAAUUCUACAGCCAAUACCGAUAAUGUCGAUAGUAACAGUGCCAUCACCAAAUGUUUUAAAGAGUUCGAUAAGAGAACGAAUCUGGUCCUUGGAUCGGCUUGUACACAUUGCUUAAAGGCCAACUUGAGCUGUGAUGGGGGCCAACCUUGUCAAGGAUGUAUCAAACGGGAUUUGAUUUCGACUUGUACGCAAACAAUUCGAAGCAACAAAAAAUUAAAACUGAAUAUCAAUAAUAACAAUAACAAUAGUAUUGCUACUGUAUUAGCGCCCAUUACAAUGGCGCCUUCCGCUAGUACUACCAGUAUAUCAGCUGAAGAUCUAUUCUCACCCACCACAAAUGUACCAUUUACACCAGCAGAUCAGCCAUUAAUAGAUGAUAAUAGCUUUAUUGAUACUUCACAGUUAUUCAACUUUCCAUUAGCUGAUUUUGUUGGUUUUGGCUCGGAAACAACAGGCCUGGAAUAUGGAAUUUUGGGAAAUAUGUUGACUGACAAUAAUGCCAAUACUGAAAAUAGCAACAGUAGGAAUAAUGUUACUAAACAGAGGAUAGAAGCAGCACCAAUGACUAUUUUGAACUCAUUUAAUCAGAUUAAUAACGCGGUUGAAUUUCAACAAGCUUUAUCGGCUUUACUUCAAUACAAUAACGGAACAACAUCUACUUCUGCAUCUAGCACAACAUGUCCCUCUACUAUCGAUGCUACAAAUACGUCUUCAAUGAUUACAUCAGCAUCUGAGCCCACAAUAAUACCACUAUUACCUUCCCAGGCGACAGUGACCUCACGCUCCAUAGCACAGUCGGCCACCUCACCAAUAUUACAACAGCGUCAACAGCAGUUAUCAUUAUCAGCUAUUGCAACGUCACCGAUUAUAACAGUGUCAAGGCAACAACAAAGUAGACAUACCUCAUCGCCUACGACAACUGUAGCAGCCGCAAUUGCCAACCAUUCCGGGCAAGAACAUAACCGUUCAAGCCAACGCUACUCCAGUAAUAAACAGCAAAGUACAAGCGGCGUUGCUAGUAUUUCCACCAUUACUGAUUCAAAUGUUGUAACAAAUAAUGAUACUAGUAAUGUUAGGACCCGCAGAAAAGGCAACAAUGGGAACACACCAGAAGCGGUAUAUAACAGUGUAAAUAGGCCAUUCAACUAUGCCGAAGGCUUCCACUAUCUUAUUCAAUACGUGCGUGAAAAGAUGAACCGAGACGAUCUAAUGCGAAUAAGUCGUGCAUUAGCCCUCUUCCGACCUUCAUUUUUAUCCAUAAUCAUGAAUUUAACAGAAGAAGAUUUAGUGUUCAUGGAACGGUGUUUCCAAAGGACCCUACUGGAGUAUGAGAAAUUGAUCAGCUUUUCAGGAACACCGACGGUUGUGUGGAGAAGAACUGGUGAAGUAUGUCUUGUAGGAAAAGAAUUCUCAUUAUUGACGCAAUGGACAAGGGACAUGUUGUUGAACAAAAAAACAUACAUUUAUGAGUUGAUGGAAAACCAAUCCGCUGUCGAAUAUUGGGAGAAAUUUUCAAUGCAUGCAUUUGAUAGCACGGAUAAAAGUUGUAGUUACUCUUGCAUACUACGUACGCCGCAUCAGAAGCCGGUACCAUGCUCUUUCUGCUUUACCAUAAAGCGUGAUAUAUUUGAUCUACCGAGUGUGAUUGUAGGCAAUAUCGAGACUAUUACUUCCCGAUAUAAUACACUGCAUGCUUCUAAUAUUUGCACACCAAUCGCUGGUCAUUGCUGGCCAAGCAUAGAGGAAUGGAACGAGCUUAAUAGAACAGUGCAUGGUAACUUGUUAGCCGUUGUUCCAGCAGCCCAGUCAUGCUACCCUAGCACGAACUACAACGCUGAAGAAUGCAAUGCCUAUCGUCAAGUAUUUCGUAAUGAAGUCAUUAGAGAAGCUUAUGUUGGUGCCAUGCAGUAUACAAACUGGGAAAGCUGUGGAAAGCAUGAUAGAUGUGCUUUACCUCCUCUUCUUACAUUUGAUGCCUCCAGCAACAUCAAUGAUACUGUCCGAUUAUUUGAUGAGCAGCCGCAGUUAAUUUGCCGACAAGGUGCUUUGCCUCGAUAUGCACUUAAUUCUGCAUUACCAUCUGAUAUAGCAACGGUAAUCAGGUUUGCUCAGGAGCGUCAUAUUGCUUUAAACAUUAAAAACACAGGCCACGAUUUUUCCGGGAAGAGUACCUCACCCAACUCAAUUACAAUUUGGACGCAUGGUCUACAAAAAAUUGAGUACCAUGACAGUUUUCAACCCGAUCAAUGCACCACUAGUACAAUAACAAGCUACAUGGGAACUAAUGGAGAUCUACAGCAACCGCAACAACAGAGAGCAAUGACAAUAGGAGCUGGUGUCAAUUGGGGUACGGCCUAUGCGGCUGCCGAAAAACACAAAGUGACAUUAGUAGGAGGCGCCUCAUCUGGUGUAGGUGCUAUGGGAGGAUGGCUAUUGGGCGGCGGCCAUUCUAUUCUAGCGCCCUCUUAUGGUUUAGGUGUAGACCAAGUGCUGCAGUUUAAAGUUGUUUUAGCAAACGGUGAGUAUAUUACUGCCAACACAUGUCAGAAUUCUAAUUUAUUCUGGGCACUACGAGGCGGAGGUGUAGGGUCUUUUGGCGUAGUUUUGGAAGCUACUGUGCGUGCACAUCCUUAUAUUGAUAAAUUUCAAUCACUCAGCUUGACUAUCAACUUUACAACAUUUGAAGCGCAAAAGGCAUAUCAUUUGGAACUGGCUCGAUUAGCUUCGUCGUUUGCACGAGAAAGAUGGGGCGGUUAUGGUGUGUCUUAUAGCGAUAAAAGCAGUGCCGCUAUUUUUGGUACGCCUUCACACCAAAGUAAGGAAGAUGCUGUACGGUCAAUGCAACCUCUUAUUAAUUUUUUAAACACACAGAAGGCAGCUGGUGAUGUUACAUCUAUAUUAUGGAAAUUUGAUACUUUUAAUGGAUUUUUUGAUUUCUUUUCAGUUUUAUCAUCAACAACUUCCUCAUAUAGUGUCGGCCUCAACACUUUGCUUUCUUCUCGCUUGAUCCCAGAAAAAGUUCUAAAUGAUGUUGAACUUAGGCAGCAACUGACCGAUCAAAUGUCUACAGGCUUGGCCAAAAUUAGCGACGGACUUGAUGAUAUAAGAACAUUCAAAGCAGCGGUGGGUUAUUUUCCUGUAACACCGGUGAAUGUACCAGAUGAAGAAAGAGAGACUUCUGUGACGCCUGCUUGGAGAAGCUCGUUAUGGCACGUUAUUUUCACUUUACAAUGGGAGGGUGAAGAUGAAAGUGACAAUGACUAUAUAUCUGCAAUAGCUCAAAAAAUUAGUUCGGCUGCUGAUGGAUUGCGAAAAGUGACACCUGGAAGCGGUGCCUAUAUCAAUGAAGCUGAUGUCUUGGAACCUUCUUGGCAUGAUUCAUUCUGGGGAGGAGAAAACUACAAAAGACUAUUGCAAGUGAAGGAAAAAUAUGAUCCAGAAAAUGUAUUCCAUUGUUGGAAAUGCGUAGGCUGGAACAAAGAACUUCAAAAAGAAAAGUAUAAGUGUUACAAUAAUCUUGAAUAA